UAGAUCAAGGGACCAAACUCUCUCAUCAACAUCCGGUUUUCCCGGCCAUUUGCGGCAUUACCUCAUGCUGGAUCAAACGUUGAUGCAGGACUAACAUCUGGAUUAUAAUUUGCACAGCCAAGGAUAAUUGAAAAAACGUGAAGAUGAAACCUAUUAUGCUUCAUGGCCAUGAGCGGUCAAUCACACAGAUCAAGUACAACAGAGAAGGAGAUCUCAUCUUUUCCAGUGCCAAGGAUCCCCAGCCCAACGUGUGGUAUUCUCUCAACGGCGAGAGGCUGGGAUCCUUUGUUGGACACAAUGGAGCUGUCUGGUGUAUAGAUUGUACCUGGGAUUCCACCAAAGUCCUCACCGGGGCUGCUGAUAACACAUGCAAGAUCUGGGACUGUGAAACAGGCUCGCAACUGAACUCUCUGGAGACGAGGACAGCCGUGCGGACAAACGGUUUCUCCUACAGUGGCAACCUAGUCAUGUACAGCACAGACAAGACCAUGGGCUUCCCCUGUGAGAUCCACAUGUUUGACAUCAGAGACGGCUCACAGAUUGAGUCUGGGAACCCCUACCUGACCAUCCCAAUCGACACGUCGAUGUCCAAAAUCACGUCAGCCAUCUGGGGCCCUGGUGAGGAUUUCAUCUUGACAGGUCACGAAAACGGCGAGAUCAACCAGUUCGAUAUCAAAACGGGCACCCGAAUCAAAGGCUGCAAGGACCACACGAAGCAGAUCAACGACAUCCAGCCCUACAAGGACAACUCCAUGUUCAUCACUGCCUCCAAGGACAACACAGCAAGGCUGUUUGACAUGGAGACCCUUGAACCGCUGAAGAUGUACAAGACGGAAAGACCUAUCAACUCAGCUGCAAUCUCUCCACUCCAUGACCACGUGGUAAUGGGCGGUGGUCAGGAAGCCAUGCAGGUGACCACCACCAGCACCCGUGUGGGCAAGUUUGACGCUCGCUUCUUCCACCUGGUGUUUGAGGAAGAGUUUGGCAGAGUCAAGGGACACUUUGGACCAAUCAACAGUGUGGCCUUCCAUCCUGAUGGAAAGAGCUACAGCAGCGGAGGAGAGGAUGGCUACGUGCGAGUUCACUAUUUCGAUCCAAAUUAUCUGGACUUCUCUUGCGAAUAUUAGCUAUUUAUUUGAACUCACAUUGUACAAAAAAAAAAGAAAGAAAGAAAGAAAGAAUAAAUGUCUUGGUCUGGUAAGGUCAGUCUGAA